AUGUUGCUCGACGAGGACCCUGCGACACUCAUUCACCACACAAUCGGGAACUUCAACAUCCAACCUGACAAGCAGGCCGUAACCCGCAUCAACGACUCCCUAUCCGCCCUCCAACAAUCACGCGACCUCCAGAUCCGUGAAGCGGAAUCGGCCUUGCGUAAAUUAGCCAGGAACUUGAAUGCGAUAAAUGCGCAGUAUGAGGAGGCAGUCGCCGUACAUGACUCAACCAAACACGCCGGCGAGAUUGUCGAGCUAGAUACGAAGAAGUUCCGAAUUGCGAAGGCGGCCUCGGAACUGGAGAUUGAAAGUGAACGACUCGAAAGUGAACUGGAGAUGCUAAAGGAGAGACUGGCAGAUCUGGAGGCACAGGGAUUGGAGGGGGACGAGACGACGAGGCGCGAGAGGGAAGCAGAGGACUCAACGAUACUCCGUUUGAAAAUCUACCGCUCUCUGGGGAUCGAUAUUGAACCUGAUGAAGCCGGGAACUUUAAGAGGGCUAUUAUUCGAAACAGCAGGAAGGGCGACGUCCAUGUCGUGAACAUCGACCCCAAAUUUUCUCAGUUCUUCUAUGCGAAGUACUUCUGGUCAACAAUGCAAGGAUAA